AAACUGUGACGCAAAGUCUCCCACCGUUACAAACAACAAAAGGAUGAUGAAUAGAUGAAGUUUCAAACUUACUUUAUUGUAUUUGACCACGUUUGGCUGGAUUAUUUAUACAUUUCACUACCUUUUUGCCAUUAUCUAACGUUAGAAAUGCAGUUAAAGCUGAAAUGAACGUCAAAGGCUGCAUACUGUGAAGGACUUCUUGUCUGAUAUUAAAAUGAUUCGCAUAGCAGCGCUGAAUGCUGCUGCAUCAGCUGCUGAUGAGUCUCAAGAUCCCUUAAAAAGUAGCAAGAGUCAGACUAAAGAGGCUCAGGAAGCUGAAGCCUUUGCUUUAUACCACAAGGCAUUAGAUCUUCAAAAGCAUGACAAGUUUGAGGAGUCUGCCAAGGCUUAUCAUGAGCUUCUCAAAACACCACUUCUUAAAGAGGCCAUGCCCUCAGAUGACCAGAGAGUGGGCCUCAAGCACCCUGGGUUAAUGCUGAAAUAUUCAACUUUCAAAAACCUGGCUAGUAUGUCUGCUUCAAGAGAUGACCUUGAAACAGCCAUGGAAUUUUAUUUGGAGGCUGUUAUGCUGGAUUCCACUGAUGUGAACAUGUGGUAUAAAAUUGGUCAGGUAGCUGUGCGACUAGUGCGCAUUCCUCUGGCUCGCCAUGCCUUCGAGGAGGGAUUACACUGUAACCCAGACCACUGGCCCUGCCUGGACAACCUCAUUACUAUUUUGUACACACUCAGUGACUACAGCUGCUGCCUGUACUUCAUCGCCAAAGCCUUAGAAAAGGAUCAUUGUUACACUAAAGGCCUGGUGCUGAAAGAGAAAAUCUUUGAGGAGCAGCCCUGUUUGAAGAGGGACACAAUGCAGAUGUUUAUGAGAUGUGAUAUGUCUAUUCACUAUGUGGAAGUGGAGGAAGAGGAGCGCAAGACCAUUGUAGAGGAGGCAAUGGAAAUACGAAGGCGAAGACAGGCUCUUUCAUAUCGUGAACCAAAGCCUGACCUUGUCUUGAUUCAGCCCAUCCGCUGCCUCUCUUGGAAGCAUGUGGGUGAAAGCCUCCUUGCAAUGUACAGACAUCAGACCACAUGUGAGCCACCUCGUCCCAGUCUUGGUCGAAGAAUUGACUUGUCAGAGUACCGUGACCCCAACUUUCUUCAGAAUCUUCCCCAGCCCAGCAGUCCUGUUAGUACUUGCCAGACCACCGUACUGAGCAGCAGCCCCAGCUCAUCCCUUCCUCCAAUUACCCUUUCUGAACCGGGACUGCAACUGCAACUGCAACCUGGCACUCAACCUCAGAUUAUUACCACCCAGACCACGGUAGAGGUCACCACAGUUGCACCCCCUGUUGCUUCAGCUAUGGAGGUUUCCCUGACAGACAAAGUGAAGAAAGCACCGAAAAGAAAACGUACAGUAGAAGACAGCGGAGAGACAGCAAAAAGACGCUCAGCACGUGUUCGAAACACUAAAUGCAAGAAGGAAGAGAAGAUAGAUUUUCAGGAAUUGCUAUUUAAAUAUCUACCGUCCAGGCUGAAAAAGUUUGACCCUGAUGAUGAUGAAAGUUUGAGCAAUCUUGAGACCCAGUGUGAUGGGAAGGAGGACAUUCAUCCUCUUCACGGCGGUUGCUUGCCUGUUGAGUCUGUUGAGUACAUGGAAUCUGAACAACAAGAUGUUCACAACUUCCUGCUCAAUAACAUGACCAAUGGUGGCAUACUGGACCUGAUGUUGCAAUAUCUGAAAGCAAUCGGUCAGAAGUUUAUGCAGGAUUGGCCUCGGGGGCUGGCUGCUGUGGUGCUGGACAUCUAUCAGACCUGGAGGAAGCACAGCAGUGGUCUUCCUAACCCACUCCUUCGAGACUGCAGCAACCAACACCUUCGGGAAAUGCUGACUAUGAGCUUGGCAUGUAUGGAGUUGCAGUUGGAGCAAUGGCUACACAAAAAGGGAAAGAUUGUGUCUCCAAGAAGAAGUAGUAUCACUUCUGGCAACGAAGCGGCUGACUCAGAGUUCCCCGGGCAGCACUUCCAGGGAGAUUUGUUAAUUCUGGCCUUGGGUUCAUCCCAAAGAGACCUCUUUGAAGAUGACUGGGUGGAUGUCAUGGUGCGUGUCUACUGGCUCAAGGCACGAUUCUUGGCCUUGCAGGGAGACAUGGAGUUGGCUCUGGAGAGCUACGAUGUCUGUAUAGGUCUGCUGCAGAACAAACCAAAGACUGCAGAAGGGAAAUAUUACACAAUCAACCUGCCUAACUUACGAGUAGAUGCCGCCAUCUCUGUAGAGGAGAUUGACAAGAGGCUGAAGUCCCUGGAGCGUUGUCAGUCUUUAGAGGAGAUCCAGCGUCUAUUCGAGUCUGCAGAUUAUGGAUCUGUUGUGCUCCUGCUGCAGCCCACACUUAAUUAUGGUGGCAGGAGUAAACCUCUGGAGUUUGUGAGCUCAGCACCAGAACGGCCAGCUCAGCUAAUGCUACUGCAGAACUCGCUGUUGAAGCUGCAGGACUAUCAGCAGUGUUUGGAGUGCAGUGAGCUGGCCCUGAAUGAAGCACUGCAGCAGCUCAACUCUGCUUCAACCAGUUCUCCACCUGCGAAGGAGGAGUGGGUCAGCACCAUUGGAAAGUUACUGGAUGGUACAGAGAUCUGCUUUACCAAAGACUCAGCGAUACUUAAUAAUGUCCCACACUUCUCUAGUAUGGCUCGACUGGCUAACAACUUAAUUCAACUGAUUGACCUUAGCAUGACCACUUCGGACAAUCCCAAGGAGCCAUAUUUCUUCUCAGUCUUGCCUUGGAUUAUCCUGUAUCGCAUUAUCAAGCAUGAGGAGGCUGCUUUUGACUGUAUGCUUCGACAGCAUAUGUCUGUAGGGGAUGAAGAAGAUGAUUCAGACACUCCCAUGCUGCCUUCCUCUCUGAUGCUCCUGAAUACAGCCCAUGAGUAUCUUGGCCGCCGUGCCAUGUGCUGCAAUUCGGAUGGUGCACUGCUCAAAUUUUUUGUUCGGGUUUUGGAAAAAGAGCUUGCAGCCUCCGCCAGCUCUGAAUCCCAUCCAUACAAAGAGGAGUUGGAGGUGGCCUUGGAACAGUGCUUUUUCUGCCUCUAUGCCUACCCCAGUAAAAAGAGCAAAUCCCGUUACCUUGAAGAUCACUCCAGUCCACAGGUGGAGCUGCUCUGGAGCGAUGCCCUGUUUAUGUUCCAGUAUUUCAAGCCAAAGUCAUUGCCUGAGUUUGACAGCUACAAGACAAGCACAGUGUCUGCAGACUUAGCCAAUCUCCUGAGGAGGUUUGCUGGUAUUGCCCCCCAAAGUGACGCUCCAACCCUCAGUAUGGAUGAUGUAGCAGCCUAUAUUGAAAGUAUGACAGAGAAGGCUCCAUGUCUCCCUGAGGGCAGCGCUCCAGCACCUCCAAUCAUUAAUGAGAUCUACUACCUGCUGGCUGAUUACCAUUUCAAGAACAAGGAGCAAUCGAAAGCCAUCAAGUUCUAUAUGCAUGAUAUCUGCGUGUGUCCCAACAGGUUUGACUCCUGGGCUGGUAUGGCAUUAGCGAGGGCCAGUCGUAUCCAGGACAAACUGAACUCCAAUGAGCUGAAAAGUGAUGUUCCCAUAUGGAAGCACUCCCAGGCAGUCCUUACUUGCUUUAAGAGGGCACUGGAGAUAGACAGCUCCAACCUGUCUCUCUGGAUUGAGUAUGGGACCAUAUCGUAUGCACUGCACUCAUUUGCUUCUCGGCAGCUGAAGCAGUGGCGCAGUGAUCUACCCCCGGAGGUUGUUAAACAGAUGGAGGAACGCAGAGACUCCAUGUUGGAGACGGCAUUCCAGUGUUUCCAGGGUGCUUCCCGUUGUGAGGGUGACAGUGAUGAAGAAGAAUGGCUCAUCCACUAUAUGCUGGGGAAAAUAGCAGAGAAACGCAAGCAGCCUCCAGGGGAAUAUCUGCAGCUUUACAAAAAGGCAGCAAACUAUCUGCAUGAAGAAGCUGCCAGAUACCCCCGGAAAAUUCAUUAUCAUAAUCCUCCUGACUUGGCCAUGGAGGCCCUAGAGUUGCAUUUCCGUCUCAGUGCCACAGUCUUAAAACUGUUAGAGGCUGGUGUCUCUGAUCUGGACCAUGAACUCUUGUUCAGUUUGUUGGUUGAGGCAGCUACAGGCCCAUUUGCAAGGGGAGAGGAGAAGAGUAUGCCAAGCAUGCCAAGGUCCAAUGAAAAGGAGAAACCUACCUCCAUGAUGGAUGAAGACUUUAACUGCUCAUCUGUUUGUAUAGGGAAUGUCCUUAGCUCCUCCCUCCCAUCAGCUGCCACCCCAGGUCUGACAUCCCCUCCUUAUGUGGCCACGCCGUUUGACCACGAUUACGCCAAACGCAAAACACUCCGACGGCAGCAGUGGCAGCAACAGCGGCAUGAGGAGCAGCAGGCUGAUGCCUCAUCAGAGUUUGACCAUGAUUACUGCCUGCCCAGGUCUCCAAUGUGGCUGGCUUCCGUGAAUGAGCGGAGUCAGGACAGUGAGGUGGUGAUGCUUUCUGACUCCAACUCCACUCAGGAUGCUUUCACAGAUCCCACCAGCUCACAGGACAGCAGCCAUAAACCUGCCUCUGGCAAAGUCAGUUCAGCGUCCUCAGAAAGUACAACCCCUGUGAAGGAAGGACAACCAGCACCUGAGGAUGCAGCAUCACAUGGUGAACACACUGCUGUCCAGGUGGAAGAGAAAAUCAUCCAGGAAAUAGUAGAUGCAGUGGUGGUUACAAUUCCUGAUGCUACAACCCCCAAGGUCUCUCCAGACCCUUGCCCUCAGCCUAUGCCUGUCCCAGCCACUCCUCCAAAGACAGCCCCCUCUCAACAGACUACUCCUCAGACCCCAGCCAGCGAGGGCAAAAAGAAACUAGAGCCCCCACCUGAGGUGAUUGAGGUACCCAAGGCUCUGCCCACGGAACGCCCAGACCAGAGACGAAUGCUGCUGGAAAUGUGUGUCCGAGCUCUCUUCCUCUGCCUCAGCCGUUUCCCACAACACUACAAGAGUCUUUACCGCCUGGCCUUCUUCUACACCAACAGCAAGACCCAUCAGAACCUACAGUGGGCCCGAGAUGUGUUGCUAGGAAGCAGUGUCCCAUGGCAACAGCUGAAGCACAUGCCAGCACAAGGACUUUUCUGUGAAAGAAACAAGACAAACCUGUUUAAUGGCAUCUGGCGCAUUCCAGUAGAUGAGAUUGAUCGCCCAGGAAGUUUUGCAUCUCAUAUGAACCGAUCCAUUGUCCUCUUGCUGGAGGUGCUAUCGCAGCUUAAGGAUCACGAUACUCUGUUGAAAGUCUCUUUCAUGCUGCAGAGAACCCCUGACCAGGGAAAGAAGUAUUUACGGGAUGUGGAUCGCCAAGCUUUGGCCAAGAGAGCAUUUUUCCUAACUGUAAAAGUCCUGGAGGACAAUCUGAACAGUCUCACAGGAGUGUCUGAGCAGCUUCCCAAAGCGCCUGCACCCUCAAUGGGGGAGAUGACCACAACGGAUGCAUCCAACAGGCCCAGUUCAGAGGACAGCAAGCAUGCACUGCCUAAGAAGCCUGGGCUCACAGAAGGAGCCUGUGCCACAGCCUCUGAAAGUGGGCCGAGGGAAGCCUCCCAAGCUCAUCUAACCCAGCCAGCUUCAACAGACAAAGGGAGUAAAGUUCUGGAGGGCUACCCUGGGAAGGUGGAUGCCGCUGGGAAUGAGGGUCACAGCGUGGGACCAGAGGAACCCAUGGAGCUGGACACUGGACACUGGAGGAGGCCAUCUAACACCACAGUUGCUCAGAGCAACCAGACUGAGGGUGAGACCUCCCUGAGUAAUGUGGAGCCUCAGCAGAAAGUGACUGAAAGCAGCCGAACACCGGAGUUGUCUUUGGAGGAGCUGAGUAUUAGCUCCAGACAGCAGCAGCUACAAGCCUCAGUGCCCAAGGUGACUGUGGCAGCCAGUGGAACUGAUCAGGGGUUGUUGCGAAGGCCCAACAGGAAAAGGAAACUUCUAGAGGAUGUGGAGUCGGGCAAAACCCUACUUCUUGAUGCCUACCGGGUUUGGCAGCAGGGCCAGAAAGUCAUGACCUAUGACUUGGGACGCAUUGAGAAGAUCAUGUCGGAGACUUACAUGCUCCUUAAACAGGUUGACGAGGAUGUAGCUCUGGACCAAGCUGUGAAGUUCUGCCAGAUACAGUUGGCCACUGCUGCCCAAAGACAGUCUGCAGGUGAUGCACCGACCACUCCUAAGUACGCCAAGGAGCACCGAGAUCUCUUCUUCCCUGCCUCCUUGCCAACACCCGUCCUGCUCAGCCACACAGCUUGCCACCCACUGUCCACCCAGGACAGCCAAGCCAAAGUGGCCUACGAGCCCCUGAGCAAGUUACCCAGACCUCAAGCCUCAGGCUUCCACGACCAGACUCAGCACAGGAGAGCAGCAAGCCACUCUGCUGCAACCAUGGCCUUUCUACCACCCACAGAGGAGCGGGAGGAGCCUUCAGAGGGACUAGCGUACCGACAGCAGGAGUCGCACCUUUGUCAGCAGAUGAAACUUGCCACCGUAUCGCAAGUGCAAGAUUCAGCAGCAGGCUGGUUCCAGGAGGAAACGGCCACAUGUAGCACCGCACAACCAUGCCCAGACCAGCAGCAGUAUACCAGCAACGAGCAGUCGAAGCUUCCAGACCCCAACCGAAUCCGCUCCCGUGUCCCCCCCAACAUGCCAAAGCUUUUCAUCCCUUCCACAGUCACCAAGUUCCCCCCGGAAAUCACAGUAACGCCUCCGACACCCACACUCCUCUCCCCCAAAGGCAGCAUCUCAGAGGAAACCAAACAAAGACUAAAGAACGUCAUCCUGUCGUCUCAGUCCGCAGCCACCGUCAAAAAGGACACCCUGAGCCAACCGGCCCUGGAGGUGCAGGAGACAUCGAGCCAGGAGUCGUCCCUGGAGAGCGAGUCGGAUGAGGAGGACGAUUACAUGGACAUCUGAGCCGCCGAGGGCUUCGCCGAAACUGAACAAGGCCGGCUGUCUCCUCACAGUCUGCCUCGACUCUGUCAAACAGUGGAAUGGUACAUGUCGCUGCCGAUGUGGUCAUGCUAUCGUUCCCUUUUGUGCAUUAAGAAUUGUCAUUUCUCUUGAACGAACAGAAAAAAAACACCCCAUUCUGAGAAAAUGCAGUAUUCUUUCUCAUGGCCUGUCAGCACCGAUGGUGUUCAGGACAGACUUUAGUUUCACAGCAUGUCUGUAAUGUGCCAUUUCUGAAUAUUACACAUCAAUUUACCAAGCUCUGCUGUAUCCAACUGUACACUGGAUCUGGCAAGUGAGGCGUUUAAAGCCGACCAGUGCUGUGCGUAUGCAUAUUUUUUUAUGUUGUGUGCUAACUGUGUAUCAGAGCUGCAGCUAAAACCUGGUGUUUUUGAACUCUACGUGGCCGAUCUGAGGUGCCUCAGUCUGGACUGACGCUCAGCAGCAUGUACCUGCUGUCCUCCUCUUUCUGACCAUUUACUUUGGCAUGAGAAUUUCAUCACACCUGUCACUGGUGCAUAAUAUCUAUUUCAGUGUACAAAAGUUGAAAUGAGGACAAUGGGCUGCAUUUGAGGCUUGGCUCACGCGCUACACAACCUCAUGACCUGUAGCAGAUGGAAAUGUUUACACUUAACAUUUGGGUUGUUUUUCAGUUGGCACCUAACCUAGUGCUAUUUUUGUACUCACUGUAUUUCUUGUAAUAUUUUGUCCUAUAUAUUUUUCUUUUCUCUCGUGUGCAUUUGUAGCUAAAACGAACAGUUCUUACCAGGAGGAAGUCCUGUCACCAGCACUGAUCUGAAUGAAAUGAAACGAAAAAGAGGUUUUCGGUUAAUAGAAAUUAGCUUUUGUACAUAUCUUAAUCCAAAUAACUUUCCACCAUGUUUGGCUUUAAUGGUUUGAGUAUUAAGCUGAAGAGCCGUGUGCAUGUGUGAAAGCGUAAACAUUAAGGUGAGGGUCAUUGAAUUCCAAACAAUUCAGGAAACGACCCGGUUACCCACCACAUUUUUUUCCUGAGUUCAAUGGAAUUGAAAUGCAUGCUGAAGAAAACUUUCUAAUACAGAUGCCUUUCCACUGAAACCAUUUUGGUAAAUCUGUCACAAUUCUAGUUUAACUCAGAGGAAGACAACCGAAUGUUUUUUACAGAUUGUUUUCUAUAAAAAGAAAGAUAUUUACUGAUUAUGUUUCUUGGAAGUUGUCUAAAAAUAGUUUUUAAAAAGGGCACAAAUUAAUAACUGUAAAGUAUUACCCUUGAUAUGUCAUUAUUUUUUGUUUAUUUUUUUGGUGUAUGAUAGUUUUCUAUUGUUCUGCUGAGCUUCUGGGAAUGUACCACAGCUAAGAGGGAACCGGGUCGAAGGCUUUUGUUCUGCCUGCCCCCCCCCGCCUCAGCUCAGGCUGUUGGAGGGGAACUGUUCUCUGUGUCUGGACUGAAUGCAUUAUUGAUGUCAAACCAAAAAUAUAUUUGAGAAACAC